UGGGCCCAGCUGGGCAUCAAGGGGAGGAUGCGGGGAAAGGAUGGACCAAGCCACCUCUCCCUCCCCCCAUGCCUAAAGACAACCUCGGCCUCCCCCCCAGGGUAUACAUGGGGCCUAGCCAGAAUAUGUGUAUCCAGUGUGGGGAGAGCCUCAGCCAAGCUCAGCAAAGCCUCAACCAAGCUCAGGAGAGCCUCAACCGGGCUCAGGAGAGCCUCAGCCAAGCCCAGCAGAUCAUCAACCAUCCCCAAAGGCCACACUGCUCUAGCAAUAAGCUCUACCCAUGCUUGGACUGCGGGAAAAGUUUUGCCGUGAGCUCCCACCUCACCAUUCACAAGAGAACCCACACGGGCGAGAAGCCGUACGCGUGCAACGACUGCGGGAAAAGGUUCAGCCAGAGCUCAACCCUUGUUCUUCACCGCCGCAUCCACACAGGGGAGAAACCCUACAAGUGCACCGACUGUGGGAAGAGCUUUUCGGUGAGUUCCCAUUUAACCAAGCACCAGAGGAUCCACACAGGAGAGAAGCCUUACCAGUGCCAGAUCUGUGGGAAACGGUUCAGCCAGAGUUCUACCCUCAUCCUGCACCAGAGAAUCCACACGGGGGAGAGGCCUUAUAAAUGCGACGAGUGUGGGAAAACCUUCAGUGUCAGCUCCCACCUCACGAUCCACCAGAGGAUCCACUCCGGGGAGAAGCCGUACCGCUGCAUGGAGUGUGGGAAAUGCUUUCGCCAGAGGUCCGGCCUCAGCACGCAUCAGAAAGUCCAUAUGGUGGCUCUGGAGAGAUCUUACAAGUGCCCACCGUAAAAACAUUGG